AUGGAUGCGGAAAAAGCGAUGCAAGGAGUCGGUUUUCUACUCAACCAACAGAUGCAGGCUGCAUGGAAGGCUGCAGACUCCUUGUGUGAGUGUGCGGGAGGGAGGCUGAUCCGUAUCCGCCUCAAAAUCCGGGGACGCUUUUUUAGUGUCAUUUGGUGUUACGCGCCGACAUAUAGGUGUAGUGAUGAAGAAAAGGACCAGUUUUAUGCGAAGCUAGGACGGCUGUUAAAUGAGAUACCGGCGCGAGAUGACCUGAUCCUUCUAGGAGAUUUCAAUGCCAGGGUGGGGCUGGCGUUGGAGGAAAGGGAGGAGCAGGGUCCGGUCGUGCGCGAAAUGGUGGGCACACGCGGGCUUCCCGAGCGCAAUGACAAUGGCGUGCGGCUUCUGGACUUUUGCUCUGGGCGAGUGCGGGAAAAGCUCUGUAUAGCCAGCACCUUUUAUAAGCGUCGGGAGUACGGGACUUGGUUUCACCAGUCGUCGCGGCGGUGGUAUCAGAUUGACCAUGUAAUUUGCUCCAGGCAAACAAAAAGUCUGGUGACAGACGUAUGUGCAAUGCCAGGGUAUGUGCAUGAAACCGAUCAUAGGUGCCUCCGUUUGCAGUUUGCUGUUCCGCCGAAGGCCUAUCUGGGAAAGUUUUACAGAUCGGGUCGUUCUGCGCGUCAGGAAGUUAGACCUCCUCGGUUGUUGGUCAGUGGGCUUAAAGUUCCUGAAGUUGCAAGAGAUUUUAAUGAGCAACUGCACUCGCUUAUGGUGGAGGGCUUCUUUGAUGAGGGCUACGAGCUCUUUGGGUAUGCGUUGCGGAAAGUCGCUCACAAAUGUUUGGGUGCGGUCCCUGUGGAGGGUGGUCCUCAGUGGAAGUUGGACAAUGCGCCAAAAUUAGCCAGGACAAAAGGCGGGGAGUAUAAGGCGGCCUGUAAGAAGGCUAAGAACCAAGUGCAGCAGUUAAUCAAUACCUGGUGGAAGGAAAAAGCUGCUGCGAUCCAAGAGGCGGUAGAUGCCAAAGAUCCAAACUACCAGUUUGCGGGAUACCGGGAGCUACGCAGGGUACUGGCCUCGGGGCGGCAGGCGCCAGGCAAACUUAAGGAUGCCAAAGGCAACUUGCUGCAUACACGGUCAGGGCGCAUUCACAGAUGGAGGGAAUAUUUUGAGGAACUGCUUAAUGUUCCUGCCGCUGUGGAGCUUCACCAGUUAGAUAAAGUCACGGAGCUGGUGCCGGACAACACGCUGGACUCAGUGCCCACCUUUGCGGAAACCGUUGCGGCGGUUGGGCGGCUUAAGCCGGGGAAGGCUGCGGGGCCGGAUGGGGUGGCAGCGGAAGUGGUGCAGGCAUUAGAUGCUGUUAAUCUACGGGCGCUUCAUGAGAUGUUUGCAAGGGUGUGGAUGGGGCUGGAGGUCAUGCUAGAGGCGUGGAAGGAAGCGUUUUUGGUGCCGUUACCAAAAAAGGGUGAUUUGACGCAGCGCAAACGAUGGCGCCCGGACCCCUCGAAGUCCGUGAAGAUCGCAGACUUCGGCAUCUCCAAGCGCCUGAGCGGCGCCACGCUGGCGAGGACGAUGGUCGGUACCCUGGAGAUCAUGGCCCCCGAGCGCGUGAGGGCGCUGUCGGAAGGAGUUCUUGCCGAAGCCGCGGAGUACGGCCCGGAGAGCGACCUAUGGUCCCUGGGGGUUGUGCUCUACGAGUUGGCGGUGCUUCGGUUGGUGGAUAUUCGUACGUCGGGUCGCACCGAUGCCAUACCAUACUUAGACCGGUAG